AAAGUCUAUAUCCAGCAGAGGAACAGCAACAUAUUCUUUCUAGCAGACAGAGCCCAGACACUAAGCUCAAGCAAAAAGAAACUGGAUAAGAUGAAUAAGGAACUGCAGGAUAUGUAAGAUCUCCAUCUCCACUGCAACAAUGUGUGGCAUUUUUUGUUUGUUGAAUCUGUCACCAACUCAUUUUGAGUUGCACAAACCUUUUUAUGAACAUUUAAAGAGGAGAGGGCCUAAUUCCAGCCAGGACCUGACCAUUACAAAUGCAAAUCCCUAUUUUCACUGUGUCUUGUCCUCCCAUGUUCUUCACAUGAGAGGCCGUCUUACACCUCAACCAGUUCAGGAUAGGACUGGAAAUGUCCUUGUGUGGAAUGGGGAGAUUUUUGGAGGUCUGACUGUGAUGCCUGAGCAAAAUGACACUGCUGUUGUCUCUCAGCGGCUGUCAUCCUGCAACAGCCCUUCAGAGAUUCUGUCUGUCUUUUCCAGUAUACAAGGUCCCUGGGGGUUUGUUUACUACCAGAAGGCUGGAGACUACCUCUGGUUUGGCAGAGACUUCUUUGGCAGGCGUAGUUUGCUUUGGAACAUUGUUGCGCAGGUCUUGAUUCUGACUUCUGUGGCAGCUCAUACCUCUGGGUCUGGUCAGUCUGCUUGGCAAGAGGUCCCAGCAGUUGGUUUAUACAGGGUUGACUUGAAGGCAGCAGCAGAAUCUGGCACAGUACAGCUUGAGGUCUACCCUUGGACUCAAGCAGGAAAUCCUGUCUCUACUUGCAUUGAAACUAUAUCAAAGUCUGUUCCUGACAACUGCACUACUCUGAUAAAUGACACAGUACUCUCGUCACCUGUUUGUCCUUUGAAUAUGUCCAUCCCAGAGACUUUAAAUGAACCAGAAAUUCAUCCAAACUCACAUCUGUCUGCAAAAGAACUGGAAGAGAUACUUGCGAGCAAAGAAAAAAAGGAAGAGGUGAACUAUCUUACUCAAGUUCUGAGUGAAGCAGUAAGAAGGCGUGUUCAGGCCUUGCCUUUUGAGUUCGAAAGCACUUCAUCACCUAAUAAUGGCCAUGCAAGUGUUGCCAUACUUUUCUCAGGAGGCAUUGAUUCAAUGAUUCUGGCUGCCUUGGCCGAUCGUCACAUACCCGCUCGUCAACCAAUUGACCUUCUCAAUGUAGCUUUCAAGCUACAGGACCCAAAGAAGCAGAAAGAGUCUGCAAGGAAACAUAAAAAAAUACAUAAAAACAAGCCAGCCGAUUUAAAGAAGGAUGAACCUGCUUCACGGACAUCGUGCCCCUUUGAUGUUCCAGACAGGAUCACUGGAAGAGCAGGUCUUAAAGAGUUACAGGACUUGAAUCCUGACAGAAGAUGGAAUUUUGUUGAAAUCAAUGUAACACAGGAGGAGCUGCAGGAGUUGCGCCAUGAGCAUAUCUGUCAUUUGGUGCAUCCACUGGAUACAGUGCUUGAUGACAGCAUUGGAUGUGCUGUGUGGUUUGCUGCAAGAGGGACGGGGGUCAUCAGACAGGACAACAGUCUUCAUCCGUUCACGUCUUCAGCAAAGGUCAUCUUGACAGGAAUUGGAGCAGAUGAGCAGCUAGCAGGUUAUUCCAGGCACCGAGUGCGAUUCAAGACUUCAGGACACGAGGGACUCAUCCAGGAACUGGCCAUGGAGUUGGGCAGGAUCUCCACCAGGAAUCUGGGCAGAGAUGAUAGAAUUAUUGCUGAUCAUGGAAAGGAAGCGAGGUUUCCGUACUUGGACGAGGACGUGGUGAGCUACUUGAAUUCUGUGCCUGUGUGGGACAAGGCUGAUCUGUCGCUGCCUCGAGGUGUCGGGGAAAAACUUCUUCUGAGACUCAUGGCCAAACAUCUGGGCCUUGGCCAAUCAGCCGUCCUGCCCAAGAGGGCCAUGCAGUUUGGAUCCCGCAUUGCAAAGAUGGAGGACAGCCAUGAAAAGGCAUCUGACAAAUGCACAAGGCUCCUCACUGGUUGAGAGAAAUCUCAGAAAAUUAUUUUAAUACAAACAAGUACAUUAUAAAAUUACUUACAAGAAAUUAAAGAUCACACGUCAUA